AUGCUAUCCGAUGACGUUAAAGUAGAAACGGUUCCAGUCAAAGUAGAAACGGUUGCAGUCGAAUUAGAAACGGUUCCACUCAAAGCGCCCGAUGGAAAUAUCCUCGAUCGACCUCAAUCUAUCGUGUGGCGCAUGGUUCAAGGCACACAUUUCUUAUUAGGCAGUCUUUGUUUUAUCGCUGGAUCUUGCUUUUAUUUUGCCGAUGUUAUUAAUAGAUAUCCUUCGGCACUGACCGUCGGUGCAUGGUUCUUCAUAGUCGGUUCAUCCUUCUUUCUACUUAGCGAUAUACAAGAUUGGUGGUACUAUCGAAUUGGUUGCUUGUUUGAUUGGAAAUAUCGAGAGGAAUAUGAGGCUUACAAUGCCGAUCUGUUUUCACACCCACGAUACAAGAUACUUGGUCGAUUGAAACGAGCCGAGGUUGGACUUAAUCUUUUGGCUUCAGUCAUUGGUUCAACUCUGUACCUUGUUGGAUCAAUACUAUUCUUACCGACUCUUUCAAACGGAUUAUUAGCCGGUGAAAUGUGUUUUAUAGCUGGCUCAGCUGUUACCUAUCUUUCUCAAGGCUGGAAAAUCUAUCGAAUAGCCUGCACAAGCAAUGUCGAUCGAUACGAUACUCGUUUUCGUUUAAACAAUUUAUUCCACGACAUCCCAGCAUUUGCCCUUGAUACCUCUAGCGGACUCGGGGCUUUCUUUUAUUUUAUCGGUACAAUUUUUUUCUUACCACAAUUUACUAAAACUGAUUUUGGUCUUGACAGAGCAGCAGGACUUUUUGUAUGUGGUGGAGUUUGUUUUACUAUUGCCGGUUUAAUACUUCAAUAUCGUCAUUAUUGUACUCGUCAUAAAUGA